AUGUUUGCUGACUGCGGGAAUGACUCUUGUCUCGACCUUGUCCUCGAGGUCUUCUACAACCUCGUCGAGAAAUGGGAUCUACACCGCAACAAGACCGUCACCUUUGCCGACACUCGAGCUGCUCUUUUGGAGCGCAUGCAGCACCACCCGAUGGGUUACAGAGACAUGAUGGAGCCUGGAGAUUGCAUCUUGGUUAUGGAGCAGCUCUUCCCCACGCGCCGCAUCAAGUGCAGCCCUUGCCCUUGGGUUCUUUGCCUGCGACACCACCGCGACCGCGUUCCUCUGUAUAUGUCAUCACCAAAGCUAUCGGACGACGGCUGGUGGGAGUCUGACUGCCGACGCCUCAUCACUGACGGUAACUCCUGA